GGAAGGUAGAGCUGAUGGAUUCAUUCACAGCCUGACUCUCUUCUUCCUCUUGCUCUGGGUAGGUAUUUGCUCUAGGGAUGCCUGAGCCUUUGACUCACUCCUCUCCAGAUUGUUUGCUAGAGGAUAUGUAUCUUGCUCCACCUCUACCUGGGUGCUACUUUAUAACCUCCUCUCGGUUCCUAGAGGACAGACCUUGGAACGCCACACAGCAACCUUCUCCCUCCUUCCUUCUCACUUCGCCUCUGAGUCAAGGGAACAGCCAUGGCAGCUAUGGCAAGAAGACUAUCUAAACAGCAGCGCUUAGUGGCGGAGGGCCUGGGUUCCAGCCAAAAUGCUGUGAAAUACCUGGGCCAGGACUAUGAGACCUUAAGGAAACAGUGCUUGGAGACAGGGACUCUAUUUAAGGACCCAGAAUUCCCAGCAUGUUCCUCAGCUUUGGGAUACAAGGAUCUGGGGCCAUACUCUCCUCAAACCCAAGGGAUUGUCUGGAAACGGCCCACGGAGCUGUGUCCUGACCCACAGUUUAUUGCUGGUGGAGCUACUCGAACAGAUGUUUGUCAGGGUGCCCUUGGUGACUGCUGGCUCCUUGCAGCCAUUGCUUCGCUGACCUUGAAUGAAGAGCUCCUUUACCGAGUGGUCCCCAAGGAUCAGAGCUUCCAGAAGAACUAUGCAGGAAUCUUUCAUUUUCAGUUCUGGCAGUAUGGAGAAUGGGUGGAUGUGGUCAUCGAUGACAGGCUACCCACCAGAAAUGGGAAUUUGCUAUUCCUUCACUCAGAAGAAGGCAGAGAGUUCUGGAGUGCCCUGCUGGAAAAGGCCUAUGCCAAGCUCAAUGGGUCCUAUGAAGCUCUCACAGGCGGGUCCACAGUGGAGGGAUUUGAAGACUUCACUGGAGGAAUCUCAGAGUUUUAUGAUUUGAAGAAGGCCCCGUCCAAUCUGUAUCAAAUCAUCAGGAAGGCUUUACGUUCUGGGUCACUGCUUGGCUGCUCCAUUGAUAUCACCAAUGCAUCAGAGUUGCAGGAAGUCACCAGACUGAAGCUGGUUAAGGGGCAUGCUUACUCCAUCACUGGAGUUGAAGAGGUUAAUUACCGUGGCUGCCUUGAAAAGCUAAUCCGUCUAAGGAAUCCAUGGGGUGGGACAGAAUGGACAGGAGCAUGGAGUGACAGCGCCCCCGAAUGGAAUUACAUAGACCCCUGGCAGAAGGAAGAACUAGACAAGAAGGCUGAAGAUGGAGAAUUUUGGAUGUCAUUUUCAGAUUUCCAGAGGCAAUUUUCUCGGCUGGAGAUCUGUAACUUGUCUCCUGACUCCUUGACCAGUGAGGAGAUCCACAAAUGGAAUAUGGCAUUGUUCAAUGGCCGCUGGAUCAGGGGCUCCACAGCUGGGGGCUGCCAGAACUACCCAGCUACAUACUGGACCAAUCCCCAGUUCAAGAUCCGAUUGGAUGAGGCAGAUGACCACCAUGAAGGGAGCCCAAGUGAGCCCUGCUGCACAGUGCUGGUGGGUCUGAUGCAGAAAAACCGAAGGAGGAAGAAAAGGAUUGGACAAGGGAUGCUCAGCAUUGGCUAUUCACUUUACCAGAUCCCUAAAGAGCUGGAGAACCACACAGAAGUACAUCUGAGCCAGGACUUCUUUUUGGGACAUCAGCCUGCUGCUCAAACCCCGGCAUACAUUAAUCUUCGAGAAGUUUCUACGCGGAUCCACCUUCCUGUAGGAGAGUACCUGGUGGUGCCUUCAACCUUUGAGCCAUUCAAGGAUGGAGAGUUCUGCCUGAGAAUAUUCUCAGAGAAGGAAGCCAAGUCCCUGGAAAUUGGAGACGUGGUAGCUGGAAAGCCAUAUGAGCCCCAUCCCAGUGAGAGACUACACAUAGAAGAACAGUUCAAGAGCCUGUUUGAGAAGCGUGCUGGGGAGGAUUCUGAGGUCAGUGCCAAUGAACUCCAAACUAUUCUGAAUGACUUCUUUUCUAAACGAACAGACGUGGAAUUUGGUGGAUUCAACAUCAAUACCUGCAGAGAAAUGAUCAGCCUUUUGGAUAAUAAUGGGACAGGCACUUUGGGACUUGUAGAACUCAAGACAUUAUGGCUGAAGAUUCAGAAGUGUUUGGAGAUCUACCAGGAAGUAGAUGCUCACCACUCAGGGACUAUCAAUAUACAUGAGAUGAGGACAGCUUUCAAGAAAGCAGGCUUCACUCUCAACAACCAGAUACAGCAGGCAAUCGCUGUGCGCUAUGGGGGCACCUCGCUCAGCAUUCACUUUGACAGUUUCAUUGCCUGCAUGAUACGGCUGGAGAGUCUCUUCAAAAUGUUCAAUCUGUUGGACAAGAACCAGAGUGGCAUUGUCCAGCUCUCACUGGCAGAGUGGCUGUGCUGUGUGCUAGUCUGAGCCAACAUCUGGGACACCUCUGAAGCUCCUUUUCUGGAUGCCCCCUUCCACUCUCUUCCUCCAUCUCACUUCACUCAAAUCAUCAAAUUAAUCUGGUUGUAUUGUAGCAACCUCGCUCUGACUGAUCCCAGAGCCAGGCUGUGGCACCUUCCCUGUCCUCUCCUCCUCCCCCAACCCCUUCUAGGAUUCUAAGGGAGCUUGGAGGGUUUUAGGUGGUUGCUGCUCUACUGCCAUUGGCCUCAGCCCACUGAUUAUAUUCUUUUCCAUCCCCCCCAUUUCAUUUAACCAUUUAACAUCAAUUAGCUUUUAUAAAAGGAUAUUUACUUUGAAGAUAUAGCAAGAAUAGAACAUUUUCCCUCAACAUCUUGGGGCACACUGAUUCCCUUAUUUCAUCUCAGUCUCUGGGGAAAGUAGGCUCAAAUUAAAUAGAAUUUUUUAUAUAACACUGA